AUGAAGAAAUUCGAGAAAGAUGAUAUGAUAAAAGAAAUUAGACCAUACAUGAAUUUUAGUUAUGAAAAAGGAGUGGUACUUGAUAGAGACCUUUCUGAACUGACAGAAAGAGAAAUAUUACAAAUCAGUCCAACUUCUGUAUGGAAGGUGAAAAAGGUUCCAAAGGCAAAUAUGGUCUUUUUAACGUUUGAGGACUCUGAUGUACCAUCUUACAUCAAUUUUGGAAAUGAAAGGGUCAAAGUCAUACCAUAUUUAUCCAAACCUCUGCAGUGCUACAACUGUUUUCAAUAUGGCCAUCCAUCCAGAUUCUGUAAAAACAAUAAAGUCUGUAAUAAUUGCUCGGCUCCUGAACAUGGUCCUUGUUCGAAACAUCCAAAAUGUAUUAAUUGUGAAGAGAAUCAUACCCCAUUCAAUAAAAAGUGCAGCCAAUGUAAAUAUGAAGAGGCAGCUGUAUGUAAAGCUAAUGCUGAACAUAUAAGUAUUAGUUACGCCAGGAAGUUAAUUGGUCAGACAAAGACCUAUGCUAUGGCUCUAAAUUCUGUAGCCCCUAUGAAAACUAAAGCACCUCUACCUGCAGUAAAACCUAGAACUACUGAAACCCAGUCAUCUGAUCUAGGUGACAGGCCGGCUAGGGUUGAAGCACCCCUAUCAAAGAAAGAUGUGCCUGCUGUUAUAGACUCCUCUCCAGUUGAUGAAUCCUCCCUGUGUCUGUUCCAUCUCUUCGGCAAGAAACCCUUGGAACAAGAACAAACUAGAGGGGCAAAGAGAGAGAGAACUUCUUCAUCCUCUCCUCCACCUGCUCAAAGGGUGGAGAUGUCCAAACCCCAUAAAAAAUGUAACAACAGUGAAGAUGAUCCUGCCCCUGAAACAACCAAGGAAUAA